AUGCAAGACCCUCAACCCAAAAGGCGGAGGCUCAACGAUAUCGACGGACAAGAGCAUUCAGGAAAUGAUCAUGGCGCCAAUGGCUCAGGGAAGACAACCCAAUGGGACUCUUCAGGCCGACCGCAAACUCAGGAAGGAGGUGCUUCUGCAGGUCGAGCUGCAGAAGUAGGCAGAGCUGCCGGGUUAUCCAAGUCCGGCCUCUUCAAACUUCAGACCGACGAGCUGCUUGCCGAGCUAAAACCGGAUUACGACAAUGUCAUCUCACGGAUUCAGACCUCCCUCCGGAAGAUCAAAGACACUAUCAAUAAUACCCCUGAACGCGGGGAAAAUCAAGCACGUGCUGCCCAGAAAGAAAUGCUCGAUGCGCAUAAAAUCACGGUGCCAUUCCCACACCCCGUGCCAGACGAGAACUCCAGAUACCCCUUGUCAUUUCUUCCUCCAGCCGACGUGAGCGUCAUAGGGAAUUUAUACCUCCGAGCAGGAGUGCGCGCAGCAGAAGUUUUGGACAUUGAUCUGGCCGUUACCAUGCCCAAAGCCAUGUUCCAAGCGAAAGACUUUCGAAACUAUCGCUUCUUCCACAAAAGAGCUUACUAUAUUGCAUGCAUUGCGGCCGCGUUGAAAAAGGCGCGUCUUCCAUUCACUAUUCAAUACGGCUAUUAUGAUGGAGACACUCUACGCCCCAUCAUUUUGAUGGAGCCUACAGAAGAUGCCCCCGUCGGCUCACGCUUUCGUAUUCGUAUCAUGACAGCCCUAGAGGAUGAAACCUUUCCGAUUUCGCACACGCUUCCGAACAAGAACAACAUCCGCUCCACAGACUUAACAGAUCAAGAAACCCCUAGCGUGGAGGAGAAACCAACUUCAUUCUACAAUGCGGCGCUGCGAUCUGAAAUUGCAACUAUUCAAUAUCAAAAAUGGCUCCAAUCAAAGAUGAAGCAACACGAAUCGAUGCGGGAUGCUUGUUCGCUUGGGCACAUAUGGCUUCGGCAACGCGGGUUUAGCUCAUCUAUUGAGAUGGGCGGUUUUGGCAACUUCGAGUGGAUAGUUCUUAUCGGCCUCCUUUUUGAAAGCGGUGGCCCCAGCGGUCAACCUGUUCUUCUGUCGUCGUACAGCAGCUACCAGAUCUUCAAAGCAACCUUGCAGUUCUUAGCUGGAAGAGAUCUUAUGCACCCUUUGUUACUUUUCGCCAACGAUGUCCAAUCCCCGGCUGGUGAGCCAGUCUUAUAUGACGGCAAGAGGGGUUUGAACAUUUUGUACAAAAUGGCAGCCUGGUCUUACAAAAGGCUUCGCCAUGAAUGCAAAUUGGCUCUCUCUCUCCUCAAUGAUCCACUCUGUGAUAACUUCAACAAAGUGUUUAUUCUCCAGGCCGACAACCCGAUGCUGAGAUUUGAUCGACUUGUGUCCAUCGCUCCUCACCCGAAGCCUGUGGGUUCGCUGUCACUCCGUCAAUACCAGAAUCGUGUAUAUGAUAUAUUAGAGAGGUCUCUAGGCGACAGAGCAGAUGCCAUCCACAUAUGGACGAAUACCGUGCCGCCCUGCCCACUUUCCGCAAAGGCGUCGAGGAAGGUUGUUCACGACCAUAUUUAUAUUGGCCUAAAGCUCAACUCUGAAAAUGUCAACCGCCUCGUCGAUCAUGGACCUCCAGUUGAGUCGCAGAGUGAGACCUUGUCGUUCCGGGAAUUUUGGGGCGAGAAAUCAGAGCUUAGACGAUUUCGUGACGGAAGCAUCCUCGAAAGUCUGGUGUGGUCUGAACAAGCAUCGGUAGUGGACCAGAUUAUAGUCUACACGCUAUGUCGUCACUUGAAAGUAUCCACGGGGUCGUUAAGAUGCAUUGGAAACGAGUUCGACCGAGAAUUACUACGGUUCUCGGGCUCACGAAGCCACAUCCCUUCUCUAUUCCAGAAGAUCUACGAUGCGUUCCAGUCUUUGCAGUCAUCUCUUCAGAAUAUGGACGACAUCCCCCUUUUGAUUAGACAGCUGCAGCCUUCAAGUACUGCCUUGAGAGAUACGGCAACUAUAUCAGAACAAGAUGGCAUGGUGGAUAAACCGGUGGAUAUCGUCCUUCAGCUUGAAAGCUCUGCUAAAUGGCCAGACGAUCUUGUCGGUAUUCAAAUGACCAAGGUGGCAUUUCUCGAGAGAAUUGGCGAUUUGUUGAGAGAAAACGGUGCCAUCCAUUCUUUCAAAAUCGGUCUCGAAAAUGAAGGCAGGCUCUUGAUGAAUCAAGCUUUUCUAGAUAUUGUACAUACAUCUGGGUUCGCCUUUCGAUUAAGACUUCACCAUGACCGAGAAGCAAUCCUACUCGAACGAAAGCUCAAGGAGAGUGAUCUCAAUGCUCGCUCGAAAGAAAACGCCGGCGCUGCACUGUCAGAGUAUAAGAAAACCUUUGUCCAAUCUCCUCGCCUCACACAAACUAUCAAGACUCUUUCUACACGAUUUCCACUCCUAUCACCAACAGUGCGUCUCAUGAAAUAUUGGUUCGAUUCCCACCUUAUUUCGCAAGUCACGGAAGAGUUUGUGGAACUAGUUACCAUACAUACUUUUGUUUCAUUGCAACCCUGGGAUCCGCCAUCUAGUCUAAUGAGCGGGUUUUACCAAACACUUGCUUUACUUUCUAGAUGGAAUUGGAAACAGGAACCAUUGGUUUUGAACAUGGGAGAUCUGAGCUCUGAUGAUAUCAAAGCCAUCGAAACCCGAUUUGCGGCUUGGAGGAACAUCGACCCUGCAAUGAAGAAAGUCACCAUGAUUAUUGCUUCCGACAUUGACCACGACGGUGUUACAUGGACACUUGAUAACCACCCCCCAAAGGUAGUGGCCGGUCAUAUCUCGCGUUUGGCCCAAGUGGCCGUCGAGGCACUUGGAAAGAACCCCGAGGAACUCGAUCUAGACAAUCUUUUCAAGCCACAUCUAACCUCGUACGACUUUUUGAUCCAUCUCGAUGUUAAACAGAACAAUAAGACCAGCAAAGUUGCCACCAAAUUCAAGAAUCUUGAACUACCUGGAUCAUCAUCUUCUAAAUCGCAAAAUCUCGGCAGGUUAUAUGUCGAUGAACUCGGCACGCUUUUUGGCAACUGCGCUCUGUUUUUCUACAGUGAUGAGCAGCGUGGUAUAAUUGCAGGGCUUUGGAAGCCCGAAUCAACUUCGGUCAAACCGUUGAGUCUGAAAGCUGCCUACUCGUCGGCUCCAGCAGGUGAUUCUCGUUCUUCUGCUGAGCAGGCUCCUGGAGUUGUGCUCAACAAGAAAGCUAUCUUGAAUGAGAUUGUCAGGCUAGGGGGGUCUCUAGUACAGAGCGUCGAAUAUGGAGCUCACUAA